CAAUUGGUUUCCUAACCUAGUUUCUAAAAAACAAAAUUAAAAUCAAGGGUUAGGGUUUGCACUUCGCAUCAUUCUAAAGCCGGCGAAACCUCACAUUUCCCCUCCAAACCCCUCUUUCAAAAGCGCAUAAGCACCAUUGUUGUCACAUUCCUUUCUCUCUCUUUUACCAUUUGUUAACACCAUAAUUUGCUACCCAAAAUCUUACCUGUUCAACUUUCUCAUUUUUCUUCAAUAAUCGAGAUAAAAUGACGACGAAAUCGAAAACGGCGCUCAAAAAGGAGCAAUCAUAUCAUCGUAUGAAGAAUAAACACACUGAGAAUGUUAGUGAAGCUACGCGGAUUAAUAUUUCUAAAGCUAUUAGAGAUUUUCGUGCUUCUAAUGAUCAAGUUUAUACUUUUGAAGCUAACUUGACCAAUUGUCAACGUGCGGCUGUUCAUCAUAAGUGUCGUAAAAUGGGUCUGAUUUCCAAAAGUGCUGGGAAAGGAGACAAUCGGCGUGUUUCUGUGUACAAAUCCAAGAAAAAAUCAGAUUGCUUGCACAAUAAGAAAAAAACAGAUUGCUUGCACAAUAAGAAAAAAUCAGAUUGCUUGCUCAAUAGGGAGAAUCAGAAUCCUGUAAUAACAUUUUCCGAAGCAUCUAAAAGGGUCCUUAUGGACUUAUUUAUUCGUCACCCACCCAGUGAGGAUGAAGUAGGGAACCAAAAGUUUAAUGAACCUACUUCCAAGACUCCAGACUCGCAUGCACGGCAUCGAAAUGACUCUAUAUUUCGUAUACCUUUAAUGAAGGAAGCAGAAAUAGCGAAGAACAUGGAGCUGCUUGCAAGCAAAAUAAAGAGUAAUUCAAAACUGAAAGAGAUUUCUGUGAAAAGGACUAAGCUUCCUAUAGCAAUGUUUAAGGAUACUAUUACGUCAACAAUUGCAACUCAUCAGGUGGUGCUCAUAUCUGGAGAGACAGGUUGUGGCAAAACUACACAGGUUCCUCAAUAUCUCUUAGAUUACAUGUGGGCUGGGGGCAAGGCUUGUAAAAUAGUCUGUGCACAACCACGACGAAUUUCAGCUAUUUCAGUUGCUGAAAGGAUAUCAUCUGAACGAGGAGAAAACAUUGGGGAAAGUGUGGGGUACAAGAUACGAUUGGAGACCAAAGGUGGAAGACAUUCAUCUAUUUUAUUUUGCACAAAUGGAGUCCUAUUAAGGCUCCUUGUUUCCGGGGCGUCUAAUGGUUCCAAAUCAAGAGCAACAAAUUUUUCUGAGAUCACCCACAUUAUUGUGGAUGAGAUUCAUGAAAGGGAUCGAUACUCUGAUUUUAUGCUUGCAGUUCUCAGAGACUUGCUUCCAAACUAUCCAAAUUUGCGCCUGGUGCUUAUGAGUGCUACGCUUGAUGCAGAACGAUUUUCUCAAUACUUUGGUGGCUGCCCGAUCAUCCGUGUGCCUGGAUUUACUCAUCCUGUCAAAGCUUUCUACUUGGAGGAUAUUCUGUCCAUAUUGAUAUCCAAGAAGAAUCACCUAAAUUAUGCUUCAUUAGAUAACUCGAAUGAAGUUGAUGGCAGAAUGAGUGAGGAGUCCUGUGUAGCCUUAGAUGAGGCAAUUAAUAUGGCUAGUUCAAAUGAAGACUUUGAUCCUCUCUUAAAAUUAAUUUCUUCAGCAGGAACUUCUAAAGUUUUGAAUUACCAGAAUUCUUCAACUGGAGUGACCCCUUUAAUGGUUUUUGCGGGCAAGGGGAGAGUUGGUGAUAUAUGCACACUUCUUUCCCUGGGUGCAGACUGCCAUCUGAAGGCACAUGAUGGAAGUACUGCUUUAGAUUGGGCCAAGCGUGAACACCAACCUGAAGCUGAAGAAAUUUUAAUGAAGUACAUGGUAGAUAACUCCCCAAACUUAGUGGAAGAGCAACAGCUGGUUGAGGAUUAUAUCUCAACCACCAAUCCUGAAUUUAUUGAUGUUGUCAUAAUAAAGAAGUUGCUAAGUAAGAUAUGUAUGGAGUCAGAGAAGGGAGCUAUCCUUAUUUUUCUUCCAGGAUGGGAAGAAAUAAAUAGGACCCGAGAGUGUUUAUUGGCCGAUCCAUUUUUUAAUGACUCUUCGAAGUUUCGAAUUAUUACUCUUCACUCUAUGGUUCCAGCAGCUGAGCAAAAGCUUGUAUUUAAGCUGCCACCUCGAGGGUGCCGGAAAAUCAUUCUCUCUACUAAUAUAGCUGAAACUUCUAUUACUAUUGAUGAUGUUGUCUACGUGCUCGAUAGUGGUCGAUUAAAGGAAAAAAAUUAUGAUCCAUAUAAUAAUGUGUCAACACUACAAUCUUCUUGGACUUCAAAGGCUAGUGCUAAACAAAGAGAGGGACGUGCUGGUCGCUGCCAGCCUGGAGUCUGUUAUCAUUUUUAUUCAAAACUGCGAGCUGUUUCACUUCCAGAGUUCCAAGUGCCUGAAAUAAAGAGGAUGCCGAUUGAGGAGUUAUGCUUGCAGGUCAAGUUGAUUGAUUCAAGUUGCAAAAUUCAAGAGUUUUUGAAGAAAACAUUAGACCCUCCUGUACCUGAGACAAUAAAAAACGCUGUCACCAUCCUCCAAGAAAUUGGAGCUCUGUCUCCCAAUGAGCAAUUGACAGAAUUAGGGAAAAAAUUGGCUUCUUUACCUGUGCAUCCUCUAACUAGCAGGAUGCUUUUCUUGGCUAUCUUGUUGAACUGCCUGGACCCAGCCUUGACGCUUGCAUGUGCAGCUGAUUAUAAAGACCCCUUCAUUUUACCUCCGUCACCAGAUAUAAGAAAAAGAGCUAUUCAAGCUAAACAGGAGAUUGCUUCAUUAUAUGGGGGACAGAGUGAUCAACUGACACUCCUUGCCGCAUUCGAUUGCUGGCGGUCUGCAAGAGAGAGAAAUCUAGAAGCAUGGUUUUGUAAGACAUACUAUGUCUCAUCAACCACCAUGAGAAUGUUGUCUGGUAUGCGUAUACAACUUCUGAAUGAGCUUAUCAGAACUGGAUGUGUUUCAGAUGAUGUGUCUAAAUGUAGUAAGAAUGCGAAGGAGCCGGGUAUAAUUCGUGCAAUUCUUGUUGCUGGCAUGUAUCCGAAGGUAGGAAGACUGCAUCCUCCUAGCAGGAAUCGUAAAAAGCUCAUUGUGGAGACUUCUGAGGGUGAUAAAGUUUUUUUGCAUUCUCAAUCAAUUGCCUCAAAAAUACAUAUUGAGAAACCUGAUGAGCCUCCUCUACUUGUAUAUGAUGAGGUAACUCGAGGAGAUAUGGGUUUGCACACCAGAAACUGCACAAUCAUCAAUCCACUUCCUUUGAUAUUACUUGCAAAAGAAAUUGUUGUGGCACCGGUGUCUACAAGGGACAAUGGCGAAGAUCCGGAUGAUAGUGGCAGUGAUGCUGCUGGAAUCGAAGAUAUGGAUGUUGAAAUGGAGGACUCUAAUAAAAUGGAUAAAAAGGGAGAGAAGGUCAUGUCAUCACCUAAGAAUGUUGUUACAUUGAUUGUUGAUCAUUGGCUUCCCUAUAAAUGUACCGCCCUUGAAGUUGCUCAAAUUUACUGCUUGAGAGAGCGGUUAUCUGCAGCCAUCCUUUUCAAAGUAUCAAAUCCGAGAGAGGUUCUUCCACCAGCUCUGGGGUUAUCCAUUUAUGCAAUCGCAUGCCUUUUUGCUUAUGAUGGGAUGAAGGGAAUAAAUUCACCGUUUUCUGAAUCUGUGGAAACUUUGACUUCAAUGGUGGAUAAUACUGAAAUUGACAACUCUUCCUCAGUGAAGAAAGAUGUAUAUCAGGCUCCGACUCCGAGUGGACCCCUUCUUUCCCUAUUUUAUGAUGAGAUGUCAGUUCGACCUCUGCAUGAUGUUCCAUCACCAUUGCAAGGAAGUUUUGAACCAGGGGAAGAGCAGAAUUCCAUGCCAAUGGCUGGGGUUGGAGCUCCAGCAGUAACAGGGCAAGAUUUGCCUCAGUUAAGAUAUGUACCAUGUGAGCCAACACCAGGCGCGCCAGUGCCAUGUGAGACAACAAAAGUCUCAGCCAAAAAACGACGACGUGCAAACAAAGGUGUUAAGAAAGAUAUUCUAGAAGGUAAUCCGUGAUGUUUAAAUGGUACUUCAGCUGAAGUGUUUUAGUGGGCCUGAGUCUGCGAGUUGAUUGACACCUACCGGUUUUCGAUGUACUUUGGGCGCUACAUUUAGCGAGGCUUUCUGUUUGAGAGUGCUUCGGACAAUGGGCAAGGGCAUUAUACGUUCUUGUUGAUCUACUGAUGUUACGGCAAGGAUCCUGACCAAGAUGUUCAUAAUUUUGUUGUUUGUAUAGGGUGUAUGACUACUACAAUAGAGCUGAAAUUUGAUCUAUCUUUUACUAUUACUUUGAUUAUUAUAGAUCAAAGUAGGUUUCCCCACAAUAAUAUUGCUAAAGAGCUUGUAACUUUAUUGUUUGAAAAGUUUUUCUCGAUUAGCAAA